GGGCCCUCACUGUCCCGCCUAGGUCGGGCCCGGCGGCAGCGGUGGCGACGGCGACGGCGGCGGCGUUGGUGGCGGCGGCGGCGGCGGCGGCGUGAGGGGGCGGAGCCGCCCAGAGCGCCCUUUGUCUGUGGAGGCUGACUCUCUAGGUCCCGAGGUGACUGAGGCUGCUGGAUUUCUUUUGUUGACUGGUGCAUCUCAUCACAGGUGCUCAAUCUGAUAUUGUAUCUUACAAGAUCCCUGCCAGGAGAGAGAUUCGAAUAUCAUAGUGAAGUCUGUACAUGAAGGAUUGAUGCCUUUAGGGGAAAAAAAGUAAUAGCCACCUUCAGGAACCGCCACAUCUCAACUCUGCAUGAACAAAGCAAGAUUCUGAGAGUGGCUGCACCUGAGAAGCAGAAAUCAUUCUUGUGGAUUGCCAUUGGCUCCUGAGGCUCUCAUCAGAGAUGAGGCACCUUUAAUACCUGAGAGUGACUAUUCUCCAUAAGGCACUGGAAAAUCAGCUUUCAGGGACUGACAAGGACACUGAAGCUGUUAGUAAUAGUGUAUCUACUGAUGUCCCUCUAGAAGAGAGCAAAGCUUUGAUGAUAUUACAACUUAAGAACUGCAAAGAGGUGUAGUAAUCCUGAUGGAGGACUGAAUCCAGGUACUCAAAAAAGAAGUUAUGCCCUCUCACAAUGCUAUACUUUCCCAAGGGGGGAACAUGGAGGAGAAAGAAAUGAGUGAUGGAUCACAGAUAGUCAGGUCUCAGAGCAAAAGGAUUAUUAAAAAGCAUUGACAGUGGAGGACAGGACAGAGCAAGAUGGCGGAGGAGUAGGAGACCUAAAUUACCUCUGGUCCCAGGAAUUCGCUGAAUAGGGAUCAAACCAUUCUGAACACCUACGAACUCAACAGGAGACUGAAGAAAGGAAUAGCAGCAACUCUCUGAACAGAAAAGCGACCACUUUCUGGAAGGAAUCACUGACAUUCCAGGACGUGGCAGUGAACUUCACCAGAGAAGAGUGGGACCAGCUGUACCCUGCUCAGAAGAACCUUUACCGAGAUGUGAUGCUGGAGAACUACAGGAAUCUGGUAGCACUGGGGCAUCAACUUUAUAAGCCAGAGGUGAUCUCUCAUUUGGAGCAAGAGGAGCAGUGGGUGAUGGAAAGAGAGAGCCCACUGGAUACUCACACAGAUGGGGAGAGUAGACCUGAAAUCAAAAAAUCAACUCCAAACCAGAAUAUUUCUGAUGAAAAUCAAAAUCAUGACAUGAUAAUGGAGAGACUAACAGGAGAUAGUUUCUGGUACUCCAUCUUGGGAGGACUCUGGGAUUUUGAUUACCAGUUAGAGUUUAACCAAGAAAACCAGCAGAGACAUUUAGCACAAAUAUCUUUCACCCACAAAAAGAUCACACAGGAGAGAAGCCAUGACUGUAAUAGAUUUGGAGAAAACUAUAACAUGAACUCAAACCUUAUUAUGCAUCAGAGAAUUCCUUCAAUUAAAAUACCCCUUAAUUCUGACACACAAGGAAAUAGCAUCAAACAUAAUUCAAACUUGAUUUACUAUCAGGGAAACUAUGUAAGAAGUAAUCCUUAUGAAUAUAAUGAGUGUGGAAAAAUCUUCAAUCAACAUAUUCUUCUUACUAAUCAUAUUCAUACUGACGAGAAACCCAGUGAAUGUGAAAAAGUUUUCAGCCACAAUUCAUCUCUUACUCAACCUCAGAUAGUCCUUACAGGAGAGAAGCCCUAUAAGUGUGAUGAAUGCGGGAAAAGAUUCAGCCAGAGGAUACAUCUUAUUCAACAUCAGAGAAUUCACACAGGAGAAAAACCUUUUAUAUGCAAUGAAUGUGGGAAAGCCUUCCGUCAACAUUCAUCCUUUACUCAACAUCUGAGAAUUCAUACUGGAGAGAAGCCCUAUAAAUGUAAUCAGUGUGGUAAGGCCUUUAGCCGUAUCACAUCCCUUACUGAACAUCAUAGACUUCAUACCGGAGAGAAACCUUAUGAAUGUAGUUUUUGUGGGAAAGCCUUCAGCCAGAGGACACAUCUUAAUCAGCAUGAGAGAACUCAUACAGGAGAGAAACCCUAUAAAUGUAAUGAAUGUGAGAAAGCCUUUAGCCAGAGUGCACACCUUAACCAACAUAGGAAAAUCCAUACUCGGGAGAAAUUAUGUGAAUAUAAUAAAUGUGAGAAAACCUUAAGUCCCAAUCCUUCACUUACCCAGCAGCAUGUAACUCAUGGGGGUGGGAAUCAUAUGAAUAUAUAAAUCUGGGAAAAUUUUUGGUCAGAUCUCUUCAUCCCAUUCAAUAUCAAAUUAUUCAUAGAGGAGAGAAAGCUUAUAAAUAAACUUUUAAUGCAUAGAAACUACAUAAAUCUAGGUCUUAAAUUGUAGCAUAUUCCCAGGAGGUUAUAAAUAGUGAAAAUAAUUUAUUUUAUAAAUAAGAUUAUAUUAAGAGUCAUGUUCCAAAUCUGAUAUAAAACUUUUUUCAAUGAUCAGACAUCUUGUAGGCAAUAAUCUGUAACUUUUAUGAUAUAAACUUUUUAAAUUAUGUAAGCAUUGAUUAAGGCAAUGAUGUAGUGUAACUAGUCACAUAAACUUGAAAUAAACAUAAAAGCAAUAUUUCUCAAACU